CCCAAGCUCUCACUAAUACAUCAGCAGCAGCCAUGAUAUAUCCACGGCUGGCUGAUUAGCCAUACUUCACGCUGGUCAAUGCACUGCUCGCUACGUGGUUUCUGAUCAUGACCACCACUAAGACCAGUGGCCUUUGAAGACGCACGCAGGACUGCUGCCCUUCAUCACGAGAUUGGCAAGUUUACAAAACCACGCAAAACUGGCCCAUGAGCUCUGGAGUGGCGAGGCAGGCAGUGCCAAUGCGUGCAUGUGAGCUGUGGGCUCCCCCCUCGGUGCCCCGAAUCACCCUCGCCAUUCAGCAUCAGCGACUCCCCACGGACUCUCAACCAAGGCGAGGAGGACCCGGUGCGUGCGCCCUGCGGACACGAAGGCCGGCACGCGGCGCUGGAGGUGGGCAGCGGCGUGCCGCACGUGGAUCUGGGCACCGUCCCUCGGAACCACCGACAACGCUCGUGGCGUGGCACUCGUCGACGAAGAGCGGCGCUCCGUGCUGCUUGGCCAGGGAGCUGAGUUCCACCAGCGGAGCCACCUCCCCGUCCAUGGAGAACACCCCGUGAAGAGCACGGAGCUGAUUCCCUGUGCCGUGCAUCUCCAGUGCCGCGCGCGCCGUCGCCACCACCACCAACUCCGGUUAAGAGGUCAUUGCCCUUGCCACUCGUGCCACCAAAUCUGGGUCAUCGCUGCUGCUCGAUUCCACAUCUUUCGUGAAGUUGACAUUGGACCCUUCCCCCAAAGAUUUAACAAGAGGUGACUCCCGGUCCAACAAGCAAACCAUAACAACAAUAAGGACUGGACAAUCACUCGCAACGCUAUAGCGAAUAAGCCGUUGUCGUUGGGACUUAAAGAGAGCGUACGACGUCCAAUAAUUAAACCGCAACUGCAAUAAGAUCACGUAAACGGCAUCGGAAGUGAAAUUCGGGACCGCAGCGGCAGUGCCAGCGCGUGUGGAAGGCAAGUGUGAGCCAUGGGGAAGAAGGGCCCGGCUUUCUACGCGGUCCGGAGGGGCAGGCAGCCAGGGGUGUACCUCACGUGGGAGGAAUGCCUCGCACAGGUCACCGAAUUCCGCGGCCCUGCCUUCAAGAAGUUCCCGACCGAGGAAGAGGCCUGGAACUUCGUGGGGCCUGACGUAAAGAAACCGCCGUCGUCCGGAAAAGACUCGGAGGAGCAGUCCUCUGACGGCGGCCGCAAGUCCCCGCAGGAGGGCGGCUCGAAGAAGCCAGGUGGCAGCAGCGCCGGAGCCAAGGGAAGCGGGCCGAACAAGGCUUCGACCAGCCGCGCUGCCGCCGCCGCCGCCACCUCUACUGCUGCUGCCAAAAGCGGUGGCAAGCGGCGUGCAGACCUCAGCUCCGAUGAGGAUGAGGAGCCGGCGAAACGGAUGAAAGCAACCCCGGCGCAGCCUCCUCCCACCACCACCACCACCGUCGCCACCACCGAGUUGAAGCCCCAGGAAUUCUUGGGGGACGUGCCCGUCGUGUACACGGAUGGCUGCUGCACGAUGAACGGAAAACACGGGGCCUGCGCCGGGAUCGGAGUCUACUGGGGUGACGACAGCCCGCUGAACCUAAGCGAGAAGCUGCAGGGAAGGCAGACCAAUCAGAGGGCGGAGAUCAUCGCCGCGUGUCGCGCAUUGGAGCAGGCCCACAGCAUGAAGCUGGAGAAGCUCGUGCUGUACACGGACAGCAAGUUCACCAUCAACGGCAUUACCAAGUGGGUGAAGAACUGGAAGAAGAAGGGCUGGGUGCUGAGCACGGGGGGCCCGGUGGUGAACAAGGAAGAUUUCGAGAGGCUUGACAAGCUGAACGAGGGGAUUGAAGUCUCGUGGAUGUACGUUCCGGGGCACAGCGGUCACAAAGGGAACGAGGCCGCGGAUAAACUGGCCAAGUGUGGGUCAAAAAGGAAGUGAUUCUUGUUUUCGUGGAGCCAAAGGAAAUCGCACAAGUCGGCCACGGAUGAAGAUUUGGUUCUGCUUGCUGUCGAUUGACUUUUCCUCUUCGGCUAGAGAAAAAGAGUCGUUUUGUUAUUUGACCUUCUCUCGUGCCAAAUGUGACCCCAUAGUCUAGGAAGAGAGGGCUCAUUAACAUACGUUUCUCAAUGCAUGCACAAAUGACAGCAGUGUGCAGUGACGGCAAUACUGUGCUUAUGAGUCCAAAUAUGGAUGAAACUGGUAUACAGUUGCCUAGCUGUUCUUCUACUGGCUGAAUUAAAAAAUGCCACAACUUUGAGCUAUUUUGAGCUGGUGACCAUCACAGGUCUCAUGUGCAGAACGCACACAGAACACAUACAGAACAUACAGAACGCACACAACACACAGAAUGAGCGCACAACGCACAGAACACAUACAGAACACACAACGCACACAACACACACAACGAGCACAGAACA